AUUACCGGAAAUCGUCCUUUUUUCACGGACUGUCGAAGGAACAACACGUGCUAGGGAAAAAACCAUGCCUGGCCGAAAACCAAUCGUUUUCUCGCGUACCUACACCACCCCACGUAGACCUUAUGAAAAGGAACGUCUAGACCAAGAAUUGAAACUCAUUGGAGAGUACGGACUUCGUAAUAAGAGAGAAGUAUGGAGAGUCAAGUACACGUUGGCCAGAAUCCGUAAAGCCGCCAGAGAACUCCUCACCUUGGAAGAUAAAGACCCAAAACGUCUUUUUGAGGGUAAUGCUCUCUUGAGACGUCUUGUAAGAAUUGGCGUAUUGGAUGAAACUAAAAUGAAGCUCGAUUACGUCUUGGGUCUUCGUCUUGAAGACUUUUUGGAACGUCGUCUACAAACCCAAGUAUUCAAAUUGGGUAUGGCCAAGUCCAUUCAUCACGCUCGUGUCCUGAUUAGACAGCGUCAUAUUCGCGUUCGUAAACAAGUUGUUAAUGUUCCAUCAUAUGUUGUCCGCUUGGACUCACAAAAGCAUAUUGCUUUCUCACUCCAUUCACCAUUGGACUCUGGACGUCCAGGACGUGUUAAGAGAAAGAACAUGCGUAAGGCUCAAGGUGGAGCUGGUGAUGAAGAAGACGAAGAUUAA